AAUAAAUCUGACGCCCAUCGCUCGGGUCCUCUCUCUCUCUAUGCGCUCAUUCCUUCAAAGAGUUUGUCUUCUGGACUGGAGGAGUUUGGACAUAUUAACAUGCUUCAUUUAGGCAGCAGAUGAUGCUCCUGGUUUAUUGAAUGUACAGUCACAUGUUGGGCUUCAACAUCUGUAACACGUCCAGCCGGGCUGCAGUAACAUCUCCUGAGCAGAGGGAUUACAUUUGUCCAGUAUGUUGAGGCAUUGGGGGUUGGUCGUGUUCCUGUUAACUGUCCUGAUACCGGUCCAAUCCAGACCCACUAACACUCUCAACAACAGACAGCGACGUUCAGUAGGUCACGCACAGAUGAUGCACGACAGGGGCCGAUCCCUGCAUGACUGGAAGAGGCGCAAGUUAAUACAAGUGCUUCUCGAGCAGGUGCACAUGGCCAUAUCCCCAUUUCAGAGCGAAGGAAGCGUCCAGACCCCGCUGUGGGCCACCGUCCACUGUCCCAAACACACCGGCAGCAACAAAAACUUCCCCUUGAGCUUUCAAGAGACAAUAGGGAUAAGAGACAACCUACCGCAAGAGACCAGCAAGACCCGUAGGUAUGAGCAACAGCCAUUGAAAGCUGUGACGAAGAGGAAGAGGAAGAUGGGUUCGGGCAGAUUGAGAGACCCAGACAGGAGGAAAGACAGGGGGUGUGCCUUACAUAUGCACAGAGAUCAUUAAAAGAGCCUGGACAUGACAUGACUGAGCAGACUUUAUGCAAAUGAACUGGUCACAUGAUCUGCUGCAGGAGAGACUUCAGUGACUUCAAGACUCUUGAGAACCCACUUGUUGUUUUUUCAUUCACAAUAAAGGCCUUUGCCUUUAUUAUAAACUCUCCAAAUUUUACAAUUUUCAU